AUGGUCCAGUUUUGGGUGCACGAAAGUGUACUGAGGCAGUCCGCCUGGUUCCAGAAAUGCCUCGAUUCUGGCAUGUGCGAGCAAACCACCAGGAUCGUUAAUCUUCCCGAGGACGACCCGGACGUCUUCGAGAUCAUCUUCAAAUGGCUCUAUGGGGACAAGCAGAUCCGGGAAGAGAACGUCUUACGCAUAGCCAGUACUUACAUCACCACGGACAUCUAUGGUCUUCUCGACCUACAAAAUGCUCUUGUCGAUGCCAUCCGAGAACUCUGCGCGACUACCAGACUCGGACCCUCCGACGCGGCGCUGAUCUACAGACUGAGCCCAGAUUGUUGCGAACUUCGCAACUUUGUCGUAGCUAAGCUGCACCACGACAUUUGCAAAUGGCCAGAUGACUACGGACGUCAAGGUGUUGAGAGCGGGCUUUACGGCAGGGAGAUGCGAGCAUUGCAAGUGGAAGAUACGGAGUUGGCAGGCCUCCUGUACCGGAAAUGCAAGGGCAAUAUGCUGCUGCUACAACCCGCUACUUAUCCCACAUACAUAUAG